AGGAGGCGUAGCCUCGUCGGGGCGGUGUUGCGGAUCUUUGGUGGAUUACAAUCGCCGCCCUGAAACAGAUACACACCAUCGAUUCCAGAUUUUCGCCAUUGUUGUCUUGUAGUCUGAUUGACGCAGCGGAUCCUAUACUAACUUUUCCAUUCGCUAUCGGAGCCUCAGUCCGCGCAAUGGUUGGUCUGCCGUAGGGAGACCCAGCAUGGAGGUUUUUGAUAAAGAUCCAGGGAUGUUUUGUUGAAGUUCUGAGCUGGAGAAGAACUGGAAAAGGAAAGUGUAAUGAAGGAUCGUCUGGCUGAGCUGACUGCUAAUAACAACCAAGCAGAAGAAGAUGUUUAUUUUACAGAGGACUGCAGGGACGGUUUUAUGGAGAACUAUUUCAGGAGGGUGGAGGAAGUCAGGGGACUUAUUGAUAAAAUAUCCUACCAAGUGGAGGAGGUGAAAAAGCUGCACAGCAUGAUCCUAUCUGCACCCAACCCAGACCAUAGUACAAAGAUUCAAUUAGAUGGACUGACCAGCGAUAUCAAAGGGAAUGCCAACGUGGUGCGAACUAAACUAAAAUCCAUGGAGCAAAGUAUGCCAAAGGACGACGUCGCUAACAGAGCGUCUGUGGACUUCAGGAUACAGAAAACUCAGCACACUGUGCUGUCAAGGAAGUUUGUGGAAGUCAUGACCAAAUACAACGAGACCCAAGUGACCUUUAGGGAACGAAGCAAAGGAAGAAUCCAGAGACAGUUGGAGAUCACUGGAAGAAUGACCUCAAAUGAGGAACUCGAGGACAUGCUGGAGAGUGGAAACCCAUCAAUCUUCACAUCUGAUAUAAUUUCUGAUUCCCAAAUCACCCGUCAGGCCUUAAAUGAGAUUGAGUCACGCCACCAGGACAUCAUGCGUCUGGAGUCCAGCAUCAGGGAGCUUCAUGCAAUGUUCAUGGACAUGGCAAUGCUGGUAGAAACUCAGGGGGACAUGGUGAACAAUAUUGAGAAUAAUGUCUCCAAUGCAGCUGAGUACAUUUACCGUGCAAAAGAAGAGACUAAAAAGGCAGUGAGAUACCAGAAGAAAUCACGUAGGAAAUACACCAUCCUUGCCUUUGCUGUGUUGAUCCUGCUUGCUGUCAUUGCGUUAAUUGUUGGCCUGUCUGUUGGACUAACCAAACGCCCUCAAUGAGGCCUCUUGUCUGCGGGAGACAUUUCUCUACCUUGCCUUGUGCGGAGGCUUCCUGCUUGUACCGUACUCAUCUCGCUAGCUUGAGUCUAUGGCGUAAUUUCUUUCUUCACAAAGGGCCAUCUCCACAACAAGACCACAGCUCUCCAUUCGGUACCAUUACGAGAAAGAUUUCCUUAGCACAGAGAUGCAAGUGUAGUUUGCAAAAGGCACAUCACACCUAGUAAACUGGAAGCAUAAAGGUCACUACAACAUCACUGGAAAGGGUUCUGCUUCACACUUGCUUGUUUGCAUGUUUUUUACUGUUACAAGGUAUAUAAAAAAAUGUGUGAUACCUCUUAUAUGUAGUGCAUAACUUUGUGGGAACUGUUCCACUUGAAAAAUAUUUAAUAGGUUAAUUUACCAUUUUCUGAGGUUCACCAAGACCUUGGCACUAAAUCAUUACCAGUAUAUAUUGCGAUAGACAACUGAUCAAUAUCAAUAGAAAGUAUGUCCAAGUAGAUUUUCGGUCUGAAACUCUGAUCCAGGGCUACAUGGUAUUCUGUGGAAUACAGACAGAGGAGCAUGGUUGGUGGUCAGUUUGACCUAAUUUUAAAAGUUAAAAUAAUAACUGGCCUCACCAAAUUGCCAAAAAUGCCUGAAAAACCAUAUAUUAUAUUAAAUGCUGUUCUUUAACCCAGGGGAGGGUCUAGCCUGCCAUAUAAAACCAUUGUUAUGAUAAAUAAUAGCCUUACUGUGGCAGUAAUAGGCUGCAAAUGUGGAAGCACCAUAUACAUGCUGCAUAUGGGACGUGACAGAUAACCGGUUAAAGAUUACAUUCAUACUGGGUUAGCGUUACAAUUUUAAUGUGGCCUUCUUCUCCCUCAGGCUUUAUUUCGAAUAGAUAAAGAAAAAAGCAAAAAAUUAUCGAUAUUGACUGAUAUGACAGGCUUAUAUCGUAACACAUUUUUUGCCAUAUUGCACAGCCCUAGGUUGACCUAGGAAGAACAGCUGCUGGCUGAAGCUUCAUUUUUUGGCAAGAAUACAUGAAGGUCUAUCAGUCUUUUAAGAUGUUGUUGCAAAACCUGUCAACUUAGCAUGACUAGUUGCAAACUUUAAAAAUGUGAUUUGAAUUUUCAGAAGAUCCAACUGUUGUAACCUUCAUGUAUAAUGUAAAAUUCUAACGUUGCAGUGCCAGCACUUGUUGUCCUCCCACUUUUAUUACUUUUUUAGGUUAGAAAUUUAAAGGUGAAAACAGAUUUAUUACUUAUAGAUACUUUAGAAAAUGCAAAGAAAAUCUUAAUUAAACUUAAGGGUGUGAUGACUGAAAUUAUCAUGAUAAAAGUGGUGCAUUAAUGCUUUACCUUAGAUCAUUCUUUCAAGAGCGCCCAUUUUAUUUUCUGUGUUUUGUACUUAAAGUGCAUUUCUGAAUGAUGUAAAUAAAAUAUCACAAAUAAAGGGUUGGUGUAAAAUGAUUUAUUUUCUUGUACUGUUUUGCUGAUUAAAUAUAAUAAAGUAAACACAUGGGUAAAAACUGCACACCUCCGCAUCUUUGAAAUGGCUAGCCUCUAAAUGUUAUUCCAAGGGUUUGCCUUUUACAUUGCCUUUGUAGCAGAAAGCAGAUGGAAACAGAGGCGUUUGUUUACUUCAGGCCUAAUGGGCACUUUGCACAAAACAUUUGAUUCUGGCGU